AGAGAACUUUAAAUUACAGCUGACUAGCAAAGAGCAUUAUCUUUUUGGUGACUGGCUGCUUUUAAACUUCCUCCUUCUGUCUUCACAAGAGGCAAAGUCAUGUUUCUAUUAAUUACAAUGACAAGAAAAACUCCCCCUAUCUCCUGGGGGAAAGAUCUGGUUUAUCAAGUCUAGCAUGGUGUUGACAGUGUGGAAGGGACAUAUCAAUCUUUCCACCGCGUGAUCAUUCACUUUUAGUGUGAGAUGAGCCUAGAACUUCCCUGGAGCUGCAGACCCCCAGAUAGGCCUCUUCAACCCUCAACUCAGGAAGAAACCUCAAAGCACAAAAGUUCCAGGCAGAACACAAUGGCGCCGGCACCGACACUUUAUACGUGGCCCAACCGAUCCUGGUCUCUCACUCUGAAGGAAGCCAGCUGCCAUGUUGUGAGCUACCCUGUGGAGAAGCCCAUGUGGCAAGGAAGUGAUGUCUCCAGCCAGGAGUCAGCAAGGACCCGAGGCCUGCCAACAGACAUACGAUCCAUGGUAUAUUCAGUAUUCUUCGCCAACAUCACCAUUCAAAGGAGUCAAUUCGUCUUCGGUCUUCCUUAUUCAUUGUCCAGCUUUCACAUUCAUAUGAGGCGAUUGAAAAUACAUGGCUUGGGUCAGGAGCACCUUAGCCUUCAAGACAGUACUCCAUUCGGCUCUAUUGAAUCGUCAGGAAAACGACCAUUUCAAGUGGAAAAGGAUGACUUUGAAACCCAGCAUCUUUUGUUCCAGACAGCAUGGGUUUAUUACACAAGCGUCGAGUGCCAGAUAUUGCAUGUCAUCCGCCGCAGAUACAGAAAUGAACAAAAGACGUUCCUCCAAUGAGCCUGCGGAGGUAUCAACACUCAUUAACGCUGCAGUGCAGUAAAUGCUGGGAUGGUAACAUGGAUGAAAAGUGCAGAAGUUGGGACAGGUGGGGGUUCUAGGACACUCCAGGGAAGGCGGAUAUUUUGUACUGCAGCUGACAACAUUGUUGUCUCCUUAUUCCAGAGCUCAGCAAAUACUUGUCGAUUGAUUCUCUGUGUGGUUCCACUCACAGAAGCCAAAUGUUUGUUAGGGUGUGGCAGGAAAGCCUGGGGGCUGGGGAUGCCCGUAAACAUGUGAACCAGUUUCCUGUGAACAAGAAGGAGGUGCUGGUAAAGAAGAAUUAAGUCUGUACUUGGCUUUUAACUAAGGUCAUUUGAAAAUGGUCCUCAACACCCAUCUCAUUUGCUUUUUUAUGCCUGCCAAUUUAGUGUUGUAUCCAAAGUGAUUAAUUAGUUUGUAGUGAAGGUUUAUUAGGUAAUCUUUCUGUCAAUCAAAAAUCACUAAGUUUUCAGGGCAGGAUAGAGAGCACCCAGCAAUUUUAUAAGGAUGGGGAAUUUAUGUCAUUAUUGUAUUCAAAAAUAGGCACAAUCUUAAAAUUUGAGAGUAUAUAGAGGAGUUAAUGUGGAUAUUAUUAAAGUUGACAGGAGUUAUUUGGCCCUCCUGAAUAUUUAUGGUUUAUUUUCUAUUAGGACAAAUUCAUUUCCAAAGUAUGAAUCAAUCCUUCCUAUUUUUCCUGCAGUAGCGAUUUACACAUAGAGCAUUUCCACUUUUCUUCUCAUUCAAACCCAUAAAAAUGUGGAGAAUAUGUCCUAAUAGAGUAAAAUACUUGCUCAAACUAUGUCAGGCCUGAAACCAAGGCAAACGGAGAGAGUAACAACAUUUCCAGGAAUCAGAGAUAUUUUCCCCGCUAAGAGUAGAGUCUCAUUAUGCUACCCUCAAAGCAGACCCAAAACCAGGAGCUGCAUUUCCUAAAUGACAGAUCAUUACCUGAUAUUUCUUCACAUGUAUGUAUAAUUAACUUCAACUCACUGCUUUUAACUAAAAGUUUUACCACAAUGAUACUGGUGGCUCUGCCGUCAUUGAAAGUUUAUCUCAUUUAAAAAAUUUUAGGAGAAUUUGUGGACAGUAAAAAAAAAAAAAAAAAUCACUGUAUCAUUUCCAUGUUUACACAGGAAUGCUGUAGGUUGUGAACACGAGAUGGAAACUACUCUUUGGGAUGUUUUAAUCUGCAUUGAGAGCUGUUUUCCUCUGUCUGCUACACUAACAAUUACAAUAUUAAUAGAUUCUUUCCCCUAAACAUAAAUAUCAAUGCAGAAAAAAAUGUCUAGCACAGGGUGAGAACUCAAUAAAUAUUAAAUAUUAUUAUUAUUGUUUAAAUAUUUCUUUCCUGACAAAAAGUGUGUUUAACCUAAAAGAAUGUUUUAAAUUAAAUUAUAAAAUGCAAUGACGCUUUGAUGAUAACUUUGAGAAUAUGAAAUUUUUUUAAUGCUAAAAUGUUAAUAUGGCUUUUCGGGGUCAUUUUCGCCUUGGAAUUAAAAGGUUGUUUUGUCUUUUUGAGUUGGUGUAUAUUUUUUGUGGAUCUUAUAGAAGAGAUUACCUGAAAUAUUGCACAAAACAUUUCCUCAGGAAAAAGGGCUCUCAGCCAUU